AUUGCUGUGCAGGUCUCCUGCUGCUCACUCUGACGUCCUUAAACAUCAUCUGCAAUUUAAAACUGCAAAAAGAAUUCUGACUCCAACAAGUUAGCAUGAAGCUCCACUGCGUGGUCCUGGGCGCUCUCCUUCUCCUGCUGCUGGGGGGCUGUGGCAGCACACUCAAGACCUCUGCCAUCGACCUGAGGACCUUCAUCGGCUGUGCCGUGCGGGAAUUCACCUUCCUGGCCAAGAAACCCGGGUGCCGGGGGCUGCGGGUGACCACGGACGCGUGCUGGGGGCGCUGCGAGACCUGGGAGAAACCGAUCCUGGAGCCACCUUACAUCGAGUCCCACCACCGGAUCUGCACCUACAACGAGACCAAGAUGGUGACGGUGAAGCUGCCCAAGUGUGCCCCUGACGUGGAUCCCUUCUACACCUACCCCGUGGCCAUCCGGUGUGACUGUGACAUCUGCUCCACUGCCACCACCGAGUGCGAGACUUACUGA